AUGGCAUCGUCCCCUCGUCUCGUCCUUCCCCUCGUGGGUAUCACUGCCAACUCUACCCCUCCUGCUGCUGCCUCUGCCACACGUGCCACGUCAGCAUCCUCCUCGUCCUCUCCCCUUGAUCCCCUAACUGCAGCAGCAGCAGGUGCGGCAGGUGCUUUGGGGGGGCUAGGAACAUCUGCCGCAGGUGUAACGGCAGGGCCAGGUGUAACAGCAGAGCCAGGAGUUUUUUCAGGUGGAAUGGCGGGAUCAGGUGGAGCUUCAGGUGCCACAGCAGGACCCCGAGCCGCUACAGGGGCAGCAGGGGCAGCGGGGGCAACAGGGGCGGGGGAAGGCUUGGGAGGAGCAGCAGCAGCAAGCACAGCGCCAGUUACACAGGGGCCACGCAGGGGUUUAUCUGGAUCUGGGGUAAACCCUGUAGCUGCAGCAGCAGGGGCAGCACAUGGAGCAGUGGGUGCAGCGCAGGGAGUGGUGCGGAGUGGUUCGGGGUGGUUAUGGGGAGCUGUGCCAGUGCCAGGAGCAGCGCUGGUGAAUAUUCUGAGGGAUCCGAGCCAGUACCAGCUGCGUCUUUCCAUUGGGAAUGGUGCUGAUGCGGCGUCCUUUGCUGGUCGUCUCGUGGCCGUACCUAUCGAUCUGGCUCGGAACAUCCCCUUCCUUGGCUCGCUGAUUCCCGAGCCACCUCGUUUUCCUUCCCAACCCAGUUUCGGCAUCCCCAACCCCCAGUUCCUGCUUUCAGGCAUUCCCAAUCCCCAGUCCCUCCUCUCCCUUGCAACAGCCAUUCGUGAAAGCAUUGCAGCACUCCCACAAGCUGCCUUGGGAUCAGUAAAUGUUCCAUGGCUCUCUGGCUUUGCGGAUGCUCUCGCUGAAGUUGCAAGGAGCAACCCUCUCAAAGCUCCUGAUGCCGCCUCAGAAUUCACCAGACUGGCUGCUGAGGCCGACAAAUGUGCCGCCAAUUCCGCCGCCAAUCCCGCUCCUGAUCACGUGGUUGUUACCUUGGACGAGGAAAACGCGUGUUUACGCGAGUGCGCGGUGUGCUUGGGUGACUACGACGAAGGGGAACGGAUCAAGUUGCUUCCGCCAUGCGGCCACCGCUUUCACGCGGACUGUAUCGACCUGUGGCUGUCGUCGAAAAGCACGUGCCCGAUUUGUCGCAAGGACCUUCGUCCAGCGCCGGUAACGGCCGGCGAAACGUGCGAUAAGGGUUCGCGAACCCCGCGGAGAAUGAGCGAAGCUGACGAGGCUGGUGAGCGGAUCGUCACGAUCGUCGUGCGAGAAGAGAGCGGGGUUAUAGUUGAGAGUGGUAAUGGCGGGUCGCCGGCACAAUUAGAAGCUGUGGUAUUGCGAAGAGAUAGCGACAUUGGCGUUGAAGUAACUGCGGUCGUGGCAGCUGUCGCAUAG